UUGAACAAAGCCCCUGCAAAAUCCCUGGGUUAUGAAAUAUUUCCUCUCUGUCGGGUCCCAGACAAGAGAUGGCAUCUGCAGAGCCAGAAAAGGAAGUCCUUGCCUUAUAGAGAGGGCUCUUGGUGUGACACAAUGGCUGAUAUAAAGUGUCAGGGGAGCUGAGUUGAAGGCAAAGGAACAAAGGAAGAUCAAGAUUCGGUGGCUGUCUCGGGCAAAAGGAAAGUGGAAAGUGUCUUGGGCAUGGAUAAAUUUAAGGCUGCACUUGUUCUGGCUGGGGUAGGGGAUGCUCUCGGUUAUCGCAAUUUCUCCCGCGAAAACAAUGCCUUAGGAGCAAAAAUCCAGCAGGAGCUGAAGGAAAUCGGAGGGCUUGAGAACCUGGUGCUCUCUCCUGACAAGUGGCCAGUAAGUGACAACACGCUCAUGCACAUGGCUACAGCUGAGGCUGUCAUCACAGAUUACUGGUGUUUGGAAGACCUGUACCGGGAGCUGGUGAAGCGCUACGUGGAUGCUGUGGAGAAGCUCUCGGGCAGGCGGCCGGACCCCGCCACCAUCGAAGGCUGCAGGGAGUUAAAGCCAGACAACCACCUCCUGGCCUGGCACACACCCUUCAAUGAAAAGGGUUCUGGAUUUGGAGCCUCCACAAAAGCCAUGUGUUUAGGGAUGCGAUACUGGAAGCCAGAGAGGCUGGAGUCACUCAUUGAAGUGAGCAUUGAGUGUGGACGAAUGACUCACAACCAUCCCACAGGUUUCCUAGGGUCCCUUUGCACAGCUCUCUUUGUGGCAUACGCAAUACAAGGGAAACCCCUUGCUCAGUGGGGCAGAGAGAUGAUGAAGGUUGUGCCCAUGGCUGAAGAAUACUGUAAGAAGACCAUUCGUCACAUGGCAGAAUAUCAGGAGCACUGGUUUUACUUUGAAGCGAAGUGGCAGUUUUAUUUGGAGGAGAGAGAAAUCAAUGAGGAAAAUCAGAAUCAACCUGUCUUUCCAGCUAACUAUGAUGCAGAGGAGAGAGAAAAGACUUACCGGCGCUGGAGCUCCGAAGGCCGGGGGGGACGACGCGGCCACGACGCCCCCAUGAUCGCGUACGAUGCCCUCAUGGGCUGUGGGGGGGACUGGACGGAGCUCUGCAACCGCUCCAUGUUCCACGGAGGGGAGAGCGCGGCCACGGGCUCCAUCGCGGGCUGCCUGUUUGGCCUGGUCUACGGCCUGAGCAAGGUACCCAAGGGCUUGUACCAGGACCUGGAACAAAGGGAGAGGCUCGAGUUCCUGGGCGAGAACCUUUACCGACUAUCCAUGGAGGAAAACACCAAAAGCGCACAGUUCUGUGGAGAUAAUAAGAUGCUUAUAGACCCUCUGGUGCUGAAGAAGAAGCUCAACAGGAUGGCAACAGAGCAAGGAGCCUUUGCUGUUCUCAGCAGCCUGCUGCAAUAUAUCACCGAGCUUGCAGCCGGCGAUCCGCAGAUCAGCAACAAGAGGACAAAAUGGGCAGAAGGUAAAGAAAACCAGGUGAGCUCUAACCAACCAUGUCAAGAUCCAGUCAGGGUUCAGUAUCCAACCAGAUUUCAGCUCUUGCGGUCCAGGUUUCUAAACAACAAUCGCGAGCCGUACACCAAGAAGAGAAGAGAAGUUGGCAAACUGGUCAUUAAAGAGAAGAUGUGGCUGAGCAGGGCUGGUAACAAGCUGGACAGAAGUAGAGACAGGAAGGGAGAUGGAAAAGCAGUGGAUGAGGAUGCAGACACAGCACCCAGCGAGAGGGCAAGGUGUGUGACUGGGAAAAACACAGUGAAGAACAUCCUGAAGAAAUUUUUAGCUGCUGAAGAAAAAGAAGCCAAGGAGAAUUCUCCCAGCUGGAAAAAGAAGGGAGCAAACAGCAGUUUGCCAAAAAUAGUCAACAAGAAUUCAGUCUUGUCCAAACUGAAGGAGAAGUUUGAACAAAGCACUCUCUGCUCAGCUGCAGAGGUGAAAGCAUCACUCUUGCGCAAAGGUGAGAGAAAGACUAAAAACUUCCCCAGCAGAAAAGCUAUUCAUAAGCCUGAGGUCAGAGUGCUGCGCAUGGCAGCAAUGACAGCCACAGGUAUAAAGAGUCCAGAGUCCCAAAAUUUAGUGUGCUCCAUGGUUCCAGUGCCCAGAUUCAGCAUGGCUACCAAAAUUAACCAUCCUUGGAGCUGGUCGAAAAAUAAUGCCACAAUGCAGCCUUUCGGUCAUGGCACACUGCUGAAGGAAAAGGAGGGAUCCAACAGAGACCACAGAGAGAACAAAACCCUGGGAAAUGCAGCACAGGUCAGGGAGGACAAAGAAGAGUUACUGGUGGCACCAGAGGCCAUGUCAGAUGCAAAGAACUGUGCUGAGGAUAAAAUAGAUUCCACAAAACAGGGACCCAACUUUCAUCCUAUUCUGAAUAACUCUUCAACUACUCAUAAAAACAAAGCUCUUGAAGACUGCAUCCUCCCCUUACCUGAAUGUGGUCUAGAUUGUGACAGGACUGACAUACCAGCUGGGCCUGACACAUCAGUACUAUUGGGAAUUACCAACACUCUGCAACGUGUGAAGGAAGACAGCCCACCUUCUGACUCACCUGACUCUAGUGCAGCUGAAGGAUCCCAUGAACAAAGUCCUCAGGACACUAAACCAGGAGAGAUUUCUGAAAUAUCUCUAUAUGUAUAUUGUUCAGAUGAAGAUGACACAGAGCUCACAGAGCCAGAAAAAGAUGCUUUCUUUACAGGCCAAAAAUGUGUUCCAGAGCAGAAGGCACUGGAAAACAUACUGCCAUUUUAUUCUCCAAAAUUUUCAGCAUCUUGUGAAGUUGAGCCUUCAAUGAAUGAUCGACAGGUAAUGGUCCUAAUGCCAGCUUCUGGCACAAAGCCACCAGCACUGGAAGCACUGGAUUUAAGAGGCAAAUGUUCUAAGGAAGCCAAAAAAGAAGGAACAUUUCACAGUGAAGACAAAAUGUCUUCUACUUCCAGCAAAAAUGACAGUGAUAUCCCAAAUAUAGAGGAGGAGGAAUAUAAGACACCUAACAGCCAAAUGCAAAAUGAAUUAAAAACCAUGCAGCCUCAGCCUCCUCAAAUGAGUUUUAGCUCACAAAAUAACGUUAUUGUUUCCAGUGGGGACGUGCAAGUUCCAGACACAAAUCAGAACAAACCUACACUCUCCUCAAAUGAGAGCCUGGAGCCAACGCCUGGUGCUGCAGCAGAAGAGGACACCUCUUCUUUGGAAAAGACACAAAGCCCUUUGCCAGGUGACCUUGUGAAGCACAGUUCCUUUAUUUCAGAAGAAGAUUUUGGGAAGGACAAAUUAUCUUCAUCAAAUGAAGGGAUGAAUCAUGCAAACAAUCAAGCCCUGCAAAGGAGUUCCUUAACUGACCUGGAGACCUGCUACAAGCCAUCUGAAUCUGUCAUUGAGCAUGAAGAGGACACUGCAGAUGAGAUGCCCUGGCCUGACUCUGAGGCAUGGCAGUUACCCUUGUCAACCCCUUUACCAAUAUUGAUGAGUGGGAUUGCAGGACAAGGUAUCCAUCACACUCUUAGAAAUCCUCCUGCACUUCCACCUCUUGAUCUGGUGGGACAGGGAGCCGGUGCUGUGGAACAUGAGCAUGACAGCCAUGGCUGUGAGAAGCAUCCACACCCCCCUUCAGAUGAAAUGACAAAUGGUGGGAAUGACACAAUGCAGGAGAAGAAAACCGUGUGUGGUUUUAAGAACCAAGCAUUCUUCCCAGAUGAUGCAACAGAAGAUGAAAACUCUACAGACAAAGAGACAAAUACAUGUCAGAGACAUGAGAACUGUCUUUCACAUUCAACCACAAAGCCAGGAAAACAUGAAAAUAAAACCACAGUAGCAGGAAAUCCCCUAUUACCCUUGGAGAAGAGCCAAACACCAAUAUUAGAUGAUACCAAAAAGCAAGGAUGUGGUAUGCUAGAAGAGAACCCGAUUCCUUCAUCAACAGAAUUGGUCUCAGACCAAAAGAAGGAUGCAAAAAGUAAAAAUAAAAUAUCUGAACAUGCAAGGGAUAAGCUCUUCUCCUCAGAUGAUGACAUGAAGCAUGACAUUGAGAGCAUGGAGACAGAGGAGAAAGAAGAGAGAAAUGUCUUGCAUGAAUUUGAGCAGGAAAAAGUAUUCACACCAAAUGAUACUAUGGACCAUGAUAAUAACUCUCCAAAAGAGAAUGAUGCUCAUAGUCUUCAAACAUCCCGGUUACUUUCAUUAGAGCAUGAUACCGAGAUUCAAGGAGUGAAAAAUACUGGAGAGAGUUUGGAGAAUCUAGCAUCUCCAGAAGGUUUUAUGAAACACAAACAGGAUGUGACAGGAGAUGAAAACAUCUAUUACAAUAAUAGGAAAAAAAACCUAGACCCAUCAGAUGAGCCAAUGAAACAUACAAAUGACAGUGAAGGGCUACAAAAUGUCAAGUCAGACUUCAGCAAUUAUUCAAUGCCCCCAAGACAUUCAACAAGUCAGGACAAUAAGAUGGCUGAUGAGGACAAUACCUCUCUAGAGACACAGAAACAGAUGUCACCAGGUGACCUUGUAAAGCCUGAAACUAAGCCAGACAAAAAAGAGACUAAACAUAUCUCUGAGAAGUUCCAGUCACCUUCUUCAGACAAAGUGCCAAAUUGUCAAGACAGAAGCUUUGCAGGAGAGAGGAAGCAAAAGACACCAGCAGCAGAAGACACUGGAUCACCUGAAACAGAGGCAGUAAAAGAGGAUAUUGAGCAGCAAUUUUCUGGGAAACACCAGCUACCUCCACCAAGAAAAUCAGAAAUGCACGAGGAAAAUAAUCCAGGAAACAAACAGCAAAUGAGAUUUGAAGAUUUUCUGACACCUGAUACAAAUAUUGCAAAAGAGAAAGAUGAACUUCCAAGUUCCAGGAAGUGUCCAUCAGUACCACCAAAAACAUUGGUUAAUCCUCAAGAAAAAAUUACUGCAGAACAAAAGCAAAAAACAUCAGAAUCUUCAGAUUUUAGGAAGCCUGGUACUAGUUCUGUAAAAGAAAAGGAUGAAGAUCCAAAUUCUGAGAAGCUGCCUUCUUCAAAUGAAGUGCUGAAGCCUCAAGAAAAAAGUGCUUCAGGAGAGAGGAAGCAAAAGACACCAGCAGGAGAGGACAGCAGGUCACCUGAAGAAAAGGCUGUAAAAAAGAAAGAGAAAGAAAAAUACCAAGCUUCUGGGAACCAUCCGUUACCUCCUUCAAGUAAACUAUUGAAACCUGAGAAAAAUAUUCCAGGAGGAGGAAAACCAGAGACUGAAUCCGAAAGUUUUACAAAGCCUGAUGCAAAUGCUGUAAAAGAUAAAAGCAAAGAUCCAGCUUCUGGGAUGUGGCAGUCCCCACACUCAAAUUUGCCUGUGAAGUCUCAAGAAAAUAAUGCCACAGUCAAAAAGGAGUGUUUGCCACCACCACAUGAUGAAAAACCAGUGUAUAAAACUGGUAGUCCAGAAAAGAAGAGUGAACCUGAGAGAAGAGAGAAAUAUCAGCUAGGCUCUUCAGCUCAGUCAGAGAGGCACAGCAAUGUUGGCUCAGGAGAGGAGGGCCCUGUGGGUGAUUUCAGAAGCUAUCAAGCUCCAUCGCUAAGCAAUGGCAUAAACUGUAAAAGCAGUGCUGUCCCAAAAGAGACCAGUUUGUCUGAUACAGAGAAAUCCCCCAAAUCAUUCUCAUCAUCACAUGUUGCAUCAAAAGAUGAGGUAAAUCCUGCUGGAAACAGGGGAAAGCAGCCUGGAUUUAAGAAAUACAAAGCACUCUCGUCAAAGACUUUGGUGAGGCAUGAGAAAGAUGCUGCUGAAAGGGAGGGGAGUGGGCAGGCAGCUGGCAAAACAAGUGAGAAAAAGGCAGAACUGGAGGACUGCUCUAAAGCAACGCCAUUCUCAAAAUACACAGUGGAAAGCUACAGUGAAGGAUCCUUAGAUUCAGCUUUCAAACCGUUGAUCAUUAGAGUAACUGACACAUUUAAACAUCACAGCUAAAAACUACAGCUACAGCUUAGGCAAGAACUUACAACAGAUCAUGCUACCGAUUCACUUGAUCUUUCUUUUCUCCUUUUUUCUCCAGGGCAUUAUAUUAUCAUUUUUUAAUCACAAGGACAUUGAUGUGCAUCUAUCAGAGCUAGGGUUUUUUUCUUUCUUAAACAUUAGCCUGAAGACAUGAAUUAAAUUAAUCACUGCAAGUGAAUUAGCUAAUCACUGAAUUAAUCAUCAGUUUAUAAAUUAAAUAUGAGAAGGGCUUUGAGAUCAGCGUGAAUUCAGCCCUGCUUCAAGUUCUCCUUGCUAACUAAUGGGCUUUGUUUGUAACAAAGACAACUGUUCAGACUGAACUCUAUUUGUAUUUACUUGUUCUAAUGAAACUCUGCUAGUACUUCUUCCAGG